UUUGCUUCCUUCUUUUCAUCUCCUAAGCCUCCCAACUGCAGGGCUGAAUAAAAUUUUAUUUCCUUCUCUCUGUUAUCAGAGCCGGAAGUAUCCUCUCUUCACUGCUCAUUUCCACACCCGAUCUCACCUUCAUCUGCUUCCCCAAGGAAAAGCCCUAUAAAUCCUUCUCCUCCUACCUAUCGUCGUCUUCAUUCUCUUGUUGUUCAACCGGUAGCCGCUUCACUCUCUCCCCAAACGAGAAAACCGGUAUCAGCUCUUACUUUUCCUUCUUAUUUCCUCCCUCGCUGCCAACGCCGCUCUCCGUAUCACGACGAUCUCCUCUUCGUCUCGAGCUUGUCGUCGCUCGCGUUGGAUCUAGAUUAGGAAGGCUGCUUCGGAGCUGACGUGCGGUUGACAUAGCGGUUCGGUCACUUCUGUUAACCACGUGUUAUUUGGAAAAUUAAGAAAUGAGAAUAAAGAGAAUGGAGGUACAGCUUUUGGUUGUCGAUAGAAAAGAUUGUUGAUCAUCAAUCUUAAUCGGAUGUGGAAGAAUAUACAUCGGCAAUGAAAGGCGUCUUCUCGGCGCCCGGAGAUUACAUCUACUUCAAGUCUCAGGUCCCUCUCCACAAGAUCCCUAUUGGCACAAAGCAGUGGAGAUACUAUGAUUUUGGUCCAAAAGUUGUUCCUCCACUCAUUUGUCUCCCUGGAACAGCAGGGACAGCAGAUGUCUACUACAAGCAGAUAAUGUCAUUGUCCAUGAAGGGUUACCGGGUGAUUUCUGUUGAUAUUCCGCGUGUUUGGAACCAUCAUGAGUGGAUUCAAGCAUUUGAAAAGUUCCUGGAUGCUAUUGAUGUUCAUCACAUACAUCUUUAUGGUACAUCCCUUGGAGGAUUCCUUGCACAGCUCUUUGCUCUGCGUCGACCAAGACGGGUCAGAUCAUUGGUUUUAUCUAAUACAUAUUUGGACACACGCACUUUUGCUGCUGCCAUGCCAUGGGCUCCCGUUGUUAGUUGGACGCCCUCUUUUUUGCUGAAACGAUAUGUCUUCACUGGAAUUCGUGAUGGCCCACAUGAACCUUUUAUUGCUGAUUCUGUUGACUUUGUUGUUUCUCAGGUUGAAACACUUUCGAGAGAAGAUUUAGCCUCCAGGCUGAGUUUGACAGUUGAUGCGGCUUCUGUUGGACCUCUUCUACUUUCAGAUUCAUUUAUCACUAUAAUGGAUACAAAUGACUACUGUGCAAUUCCUCAACAGCUCAAAGAUCAACUUAGUGAGAGGUAUCCUGGGGCGAGGCGGGCUUACUUGAAAACUGGAGGAGAUUUUCCAUUUCUUUCACGUCCGGAUGAAGUCAACUUGCAUCUUCAGCUACACCUGAGACGUGUUGGUGUAGAAGCCCGUCCAGACUUAGUACGUGGAAUCUCCAAGGAUGGUGGUGGUGGAAGUCCUAGUGAAAAGAGUGAUGAAAAAGGGGAUCGAAACGAUCCCGGCAAGGAUAUUGGGGAAAGUUCUGAAAGUCCAUCAGCAGGUCAGUUAUCUCCAGCUCCAGAAAGUUCAGGAUCUAAUAGUUUAGGCGACCAGUUCCUUAGCAACACACAGUAUUGCCUCGUUGAUCCCAGAGAUAAAAUCCUUCCAUUUCUUGGUUCUCUGUUUAACAAUCACCAUGUGGUAGCUACGGGUAUCAUCUUGCAAUUUGUAUGGGAGGUUUUGGUCUCUUACUUGCUUCCUUUUUAUGCGGAGUCCUUGUACAUUACACUUUAAACAGUUGGAAAUCCAGACAAUUGGUGUAAAAAUGAAACAGUCGUGCCAAGUUUGUUUGUGUAAGCUUUAUACGGGCAGUUGCUGCAGUUGGAGUCUAUCCACAUGUUGACAUGCUUUCUGUAAUUUCUUUAGAUUGAUGAUGUACCGUUCGUUUACAGAUUCAACUUGAUUGCGAGUCCCAAGGUUUGUAAUUUGAGCCUAUGAUCAAUUUCUGCACUGUAAGCCACGUUUCAACCAGGCAUAAAUUAGGAAUAAUCUAAAGCAUGGGGUUCUCUGGAUGAA